AUGGCCCUACAGGGCGCCACUGUGGUGCUGACGCUCUGCCUGUGGGGCUGGUUGGCGGCCGGGCCAGGCCUGAGUGACGAAAUCGAGGACACGACCCAGAUGGGGGCACCGCCGCACCUGCUGGCCCUGAUCCCCGAGGCCGCCAAGGCGACGGUGGCGGCAGGCUACACUGACAGCAGCAGCAACGAGACACAGACGACCACGGGGCCGCCGCCCCUGGUGGCGGUCUCCGUCACAAUCGGCGGGGAGACCUCGCCAGAAAAGGAGACAGUCCUCGUCGUGGGCGACACCCGCUACGCCUGGAAGGAGUGGAGCCCGUGGCACUGCAACUGCGCCGCGGGGAGCAUGUCCCGGGUGCGAGACAUCACGUACUCGCAGUCUGGCGUCCACCUGGACCCGGCUCAGUACGACAUCCUGCGCUUCGAGAGGGAGGUGUGCAACUACCAGGCCUGCCAGUGCCAGCAGGGCCAGUGCAACCUCUCGGCGGUGGCGUGCGGCCAGGGACCCAUGCACAUGUGCGCACUGCAGGACAUCAAUCAGGACAAGGAGCACAAGAGGAAGGACUUCUGGACCCAGGUCCACAAUGGACUCAGGGACCUCUGGAAGAGCAUCAAGGACACCUUCCCGCCGCAGCAGGUGGGGCCAAGGCGCCGCAUAAUAUUGGAAGCCAGCGUGGCGGGGCCGUCUCGUUUUAACAAGCUUACAUGUUUGAACCCGAAGGCGAGGCGCAAACAGUGA